GUUGCAUGCUCAUCGUUCCUCCCUCCCUCUCCCCUCCCAAGUCUAAGCUAAGUCAAGAUAUCAAGCAGAAGCAUAGACAGAUCAAUUCUAUUGAAACUAUUGAAACUUCGGUUUCUUCCCUCUGCAGCCACCAUCACUCCUUUCCCCGGUGACGGAGAAACAGAUCAAUACUAUUGGAACUUCGGCUUCUUCCCUCCGCAGCCACCAUCACUCCUUUCCCCGGUGACGGAGAGGCUGACGUACUUUCUGCCUUGCACGAAUCCUUCAGUAGGUUGAUGGCUCCGAGCACCGUUCGUUAGGACUCACGAGUUCCCACAUGAAGUCUCCGGUGCGCCUCCCCUUGGUUUGCUUCUUCUUCUUCCUCCGUUGCUUCCUCGAUGUACCCUGCUCGGCUCUGCCGCAAACCGAGCGCAACGCGCUCCUCAAACUUCGCGCCUCGCUCGCCGUGCGCGCCAAAGACUGGAGCCUUCAAGCCGAUCCCUGCUCCUCCUGGACCGGCGUCGUCUGCCGGUCCAAUCGGGUCGAAGAGCUUAACUUGACUGGCCUCCGACCGAACCGGUUCGCCCGCGCCGGCGUCGUCUACCCCCGCCUCGCUCCCGAUGCCGUCCUCAACCUCACCCACCUCACCUCCCUCGACGCCUCCGGCUUCCCGCUCCCCGGUCCCAUCCCCGAUGACCUCGGCAACGUCUCCUCGCUCUCCGUUCUCUCCCUCGCAGGAACCGGCGCCUCUGGUCUCAUCCCGUCGAAGCUGGGCUGGCUCGGCCACCUCACCGCCCUCGACCUCUCCGGCAACUUCCUCACCGGGUCGAUCCCGGUGGAAUUCUCCGGGCUUCAUAACCUCACCCACCUCGACCUCUCCUCCAACUCGCUCUCCGGCGCAGUGCCGCCGUCCCUAGGGGAGCUCCGGCAGCUCAAUGCCCUGAAUUUGUCUAGCAAUAUGCUCUCGGGAUCGUUGCCAGCGGAGCUCGGCGGCCUAUCCUCGCUCGUCACCCUCGACCUCAGCUUCAACUGGCUCUCCGGUUCUCUGCCGGAGGUCCUCUUCUUGAGGCUUCCUUAUUUGCGUUCGGUCAAGCUGGGCCACAAUAACUUCUCGUCCAGUCUUCCCACUUCGCUCUGGGCUCUGGCGCAGUUGGUACAUCUUGAUGUCUCAUUCAACAACCUCACCGGUAUGCUCAUGGUCGACGCCGUCGCGCGCAAUAGCAGCGCUAAAGGAGGCGUCUUUAACCUCUCGAAUAACCUCUUCUACGGGUCGAUUUCUUCUGAAUCCAGCAGAAUUCUACAAAGAUUUGAAGAGGUGGAUCUCUCGACCAAUUACUUCGAUGGAAGCGAACCCGUCGGCUUUAGCAAUGCUUCUGUUGCUUUUAAUUGCUUUAGCAGUGCGCGGGACCAGAGAAAGCCUGCUGACUGUGAGACGUUCUACACGGAAAGAGGUCUCCGUUUAGCCCUUUCAUCCGGCAGGCGGAGAAAAUGUCGUUGGUGGUACGCCGUGGUAGCCGUAGUUUGUGGGGUGGCGUUGCUCGCCGUCGUGGUUGCAGUGCUUGUGAGUUACCUGACGAGAUGUGCAGCGCGUUCCGCCGGCCAAAAGGAUACCGGCAGCAAGCCUGCUCCUGAAGAGGAGGCGGCAGUAUCGCCGUCGCCACCGCCUUCUGCUGCAGACACAGUGAAUUUGUCAGCUUCGAAUGGUGCUCUCACCGGCACGACGCUGCCGCUCUCUGUUGCAGCUCCGGUGAACCCACUUUCUUCGGAUGACGGUGUCACCAACACGACGCCUUCACCCUCUGCUGCAGUGAUGGUGAAUUUGCCAGCUCCGGGUGAUGCCUUCACCUACGAGCAGCUGCUGAGGGCGACGUCGGGUUUCAGCAGCAUGAACCUUAUCAAGAAUGGACACUCUGGAGAUCUCUAUCAUGGUGUUCUGGAAGAUUGGGUUGAGGUGGUGGUGAAGAGGAUCGGUCUGCUAGCUGUGAGAAGAGAAGCAUUCUCGACCGAACUGAAACUUUUCGAGGAUUGUUCGGGUGGCAGAUUGGUUCCAUUACUUGGGCACUGCUUGGAGAAUGAUACCGAGAAGCUUCUCGUGUACAAGUACAUGCCAAAUUGCGAUCUUUCUACUGCUCUGCACAAGAAAUCCGAGCUAGAGGAUGGUUUGCAGUCACUGGAUUGGAUAAAGAGGCUAAAGAUCGCAGUAGGUGCUGUGGAAGCUCUGUGCUUUCUGCAUCAUGACAAUAACCCUCCUCUGGUUCACCGAGAUAUUGAAGCCAGCAGCAUUCUUCUUGAUGAUAAAUACGAAGUGCGGCUCGGAAGCCUCAAUGAAGUUUGUGUUCAACAGAUCGAUGUCCGCCAGAAUGUCUUGACUAGGAUCUUCAGAUCGGCACAGACAUCUCGUCAAGUUGUUUCCGGCUUGUCUACAGCAACUAGUGCUUAUGAUAUAUAUUGCUUGGGGAAGGUGUUACUGGAGCUGAUCACCGGAAAGCCUGGGCUCAGUGGAUCUAACAAUGCUGCUACAAACAAGUGGAUGGAACAAACUCUGGCAUACAUUACUCCCUUUGACAAAGAGCUUGUUUCGAAGAUCAUGGAUCCGUCCCUUAUCGUGGACGAGGACCACAUGGAGGAGGUUUGGGCUAUGGCCGUCGUCGCAAAGUCCUGUCUCGACCCGAAGCCCUCCAAGCGACCGCUCGCGAGGCACGUCCUGAAAGCCUUGGAGAACCCUUUGAAGGUGGUGAGGGAGGUGAAUUGUUCCAACAGUUUUACAUCGUCUUCAGGUUCAUGGCACAGUGCUUUGCUUGGAGGCUGGCGGCAUAGCCUUUCAAGCAUCAGUCUUGUGAGGCCAGUGGAGGAAGAUCGGAUGUCGUCAAAGCAAGCAACCACGACGAGGUCUCAUCGGGGUGGAGACGAUCAUUCAUUUCCACAGAGCAAGAUGUCAAGGGAGAUCCACCCAGAGCCAGCAGGACCAGCUCAAGAUAGAUCUUAAACAGGCUUUUCAUGCCUUGGAUCAAAAGCAUGGCAACUGAUUGCCUCAAAUGAAGCAAAGAUCAACCAUUCUGCGCAUUGUGUGUCAAAUAUGCACUUCGAUGUAAUUAGUGGAUAAAAAUGUCUCUUUGGAGAAUGCAACUGUUAUGAUUAUAUUAGCAAAGGCAAGUGAUGCUGUGGUCUUAAAAGAUAUCAGCAAGCUGCAUCUGAGACUUCAAUCUCCAUCUGCAUAUGAGCAAAGGUAGUGAUUCAUUA